UUGCGGGCAUGGGCAUAUUCGAUUAGCAAAGAAGUGAAUUUUAAUUGUUGCCGUGGAGGUCAGAGACUUGGCUGAAACCCUUGGAGAGUGUAGCAUUUUCUGAGUCAUCACAAGCUACCAUAGAUCAAGAAUAAUGGGAGAAGAGGAUUACGGGGAUGGCUGUAAUUCGGUCGGUGGCGUGAUUAAGAUGAUCGCUGCUUGCCACUUGCCGAAUGAAAGCAGAUUCUGUUGCCAGAUUCUCUUAACCCAUUUCCGAUUACUGGAUCAUCAACUUGAUUUGGAGACAAUCGGAUUCCCAUUCAAGGGGUAGGCGAAAUUCUUCGUCGGAAUCGCCACCGUGACGCAAUAAUCUAGUGCAAUCAACACCUUUAACCACAUCCGAAACUGCAGGUACAGGCGCCGAGCAGUGAGGUUUGAAGAGUUUUCUGGAACGCGUCGUCCUCGUCCUGUUUGUCGAGGAUCGGUUGCGCUCUGUUGUGCUUUGAAAGCGGGAAAUGAGAUUGAGCAUGCUGCUACGUUCAGGUCAGUGUUAUAUUUUCUGAAUUGGAACCUGUCAUGGCUUCACUCGUGCCGAACCAAUUCCUUUGUGUGAUGGGCGCACGAAUGCCUUCGAGAAAGUUGCCAGGUCGCUCACUGAGUGCAAUGUCACCCCAGGACCCGCUCUCGUAAUGAGUCUGCUUGUUUUAUUUAUGAAACGCGUCGCCUUACUGGGAUCGCAACGCAUCCACCGAACACCUUCACUCGUCAAUGAUUACAGGUUGAGCAACAGCCUGACGAAAUCGAGAAUGGGGAGGGAUAGAGCAUAAGCUAAGAGGUGGAAUUUUCUGACUAGGUCCUCGUGCUCUACAGAAAUUUGCAAUGGCGGCCGGUCUUCGAAGGCUCGACGUGCACUUUGGUAGCAGUAGAGUCACUGUCAACGUUAGUGAUUACAUCCCCUUGCCGUCACCAUCCCCUCUGCAUCUGCGACGGCCGUCUCACGAUCCUCCAGGCCCGGCACAAGCCCCAUAUUUCGCCCGGUCAUUGAACUCCAACGUGGUCGUGGUUAUGGCGGUUCUACUCUUUGCGCUCGUCGUCGCCGCCUUCAUCAAUACCAUUGUCAGAUGCCUCGUGCGACGACGACGACAGCAGCCAGUCGAUGAUCACAAUGAUACGGAGAAGGGGCUUCAGAAGAGCGCGAUUGAGGCUCUCCCCUUGUUUGAUUCUUUGGGAGGAAAAGAAUGCGUGGUAUGUCUAAGCGAAUUUGCCAGCGGAGAGAAAGUCAGGUUGCUUCCCAUUUGCAAACACGGAUUCCAUCCGUUUUGCAUCGAAAAAUGGCUACUCACACGUACAACAUGCCCCGUUUGCCGUUGCAGUGUUCUCCCUGCUGAGUCUUACAGCAAAGAGCGACAUUGAUCCCUCAUCUGUCCCGUCGAUGGUGAGAAACAGCGCCAGGUCUGGCAUCGCAAGGUUUGACGGUGAGAGGAUCUCAAGCCUCGACACAGAAAUCAUUGAACCCUCUGCACAAUCGACGAGUGUUGCCGCUGCUGACCUAGGUACUACAGCUGGAAGCCCAAGCGCUAGCGCUAGUCCCUCAAACAGGUUGUUGGGUUCCAUAUUUUCCACUGAGGUUAUGGAGAAUAUCGUGCAUGGCGUGGGCCAUCGCAGAUCUGCUGCUCGGAAUCAAGGUCCAGUGUAAUGCCUGAGACGAUUGAUUCUUACUAAAACACCUUUGCCUUCUCCAUAAUCGAUUGUAAAUUUAAGUUGCCAAUCAAAGAAAUUGAUUACUUGAUUAGCUGCCAAGCCCUGGACAGAAGGCUUUGAUCAGGAUAGUGAGGAAUCUUGGGAUACGACCCAAAUUGUUCUGAAGUUUAUGGAUAUCACUCAGGUGUUCGAACCUGGUUAUGAAAUUGAGGAGCAUACGGAAAUUGGGUUCUGUAGAGCUUGGCGAUGUAUCAGCGUGGACGCCACGCUAGAAAGGUAGCUGCUGUGCUGGAAGGUGCAGAUUCUUUAUCAGAUAUUCGCUACCUGUACUAUCAAAGUAGCAAGCAAGCGUGAUGAUGCUCCUCGAGGUUUUAUUUAGAGCCAUGGGUCCCUAUGGGAAAAGGUUGGAACAUAAUCUCCACAUACUGACAAGGAAGCUAAUCAUGUAGCCCAUUGUUCCUUUUCAUCAAUCGACCACCAAGAGCGGUGUUUGGCUUCACACGAUAAUUUAGGCACAAUGCAAGCGUCCACGACGGAGUUCAUAAUUUGCUGCUUCUACAGCGAUUCGAAAACCUGAAUCUGCAGCCAGAAUUGCACAUUAGUAUUUCAUUGUCUAAACACGGCUGUAAGCGUUAGGGGUGAAGCUGAACUUUGCGUAACAGGCUAAGGGUUUUUGUGGUGGCGUUACGUAGUCGCUUCCGUUCCAUGAUAUCAUACUGUCAGACUCAUAUGAAUGAAGCAUGUCCCGUGACCGACAGUGGAAGAAUAAUCAGUCAGGUGACUAUUGUUAGCAAUCAGCAUAUGUAUCAACAGGUUUGGUCACGACAAAAGAUAAUUAGGGUAGUUGAUCGUAUUCGGAGCAUGGUUACGCGACCAAUUUUUCAUAUCUGUCGGAGGGGCUACAAUCCAGAGGUUGCAACUCAGCUGUUUUCCAAGCUGCUAUUGAGAUUCAAAUACCCACAGCUCUCUUCCAAGUU